AUGAUAUCUUGGAUUGAGAAAUUACCAGUUCGUAAAACAGAAAGAAGGAUUGAGAAAAGAUCAGGGUCUCUGUCGGGAUUUGAUCAAUUGAAAUGGGGUUUGGUGAUGAUGCUGAUGAAAUAUGAUUGUUGGGGACGGGUUUGGUUUUGUAGAGGUGUUUUGGGGGAUGAAGGAGCUCUAGAAGAGAUUCAUUCUGCUGUAGCCCUUCUGCUGUGUAAUCAGAUUGGGAGAAAGACAGAAAAGAUAGAAGCAUCAUUAGAGGAGAUGGGGAUUAUUGCAUCUUCUUAACUGAGAAAGCAAAAAAAAGAGACUAAACUACCCUUAUUAUGUUCGGAUUACUCCAACAUAGUCAUCAUAGAAAACUC